AUCAUUUCUUCUGUCUUUUCAUUUCUAGAACAUACAAUUAUCUCAUCUUGAAUUAGCUUUAUUAGUUUUAUUUUAUCCUGGUUAUUUUGAAAGAAGAUGAAAACAAUGACAACAAGCAUCAUGAGCUUGUUAGCUCUUAUCAUGUUGUUGAACAAUGGAUUCAUGGUUUUAGGUAGCAGAAAAAACUUCUUAGAACACAAAUUUACCAAUAAAUUUUUUCUCGAAGACGAAGGUCCAUCUGAUGGAGGAAAGGGACAUAAGACUAAGCCACCUGGAGGUCCACCAUUUACCAAUAAAUUUUUUCUCGAAGACGAAGGUCCAUCUGAUGGAGGAAAGGGACAUAAGACUAAGCCACCUGGAGGUCCACCAUUUACCAAUAAAUUUUUUCUCGAAGACGAAGGUCCAUCUGACGGAGGAAAGGGACAUAAGACUAAGCCACCUGGAGGUCCACCAUUUACCAAUAAAUUUUUUCUCGAAGGCGAAGGUCCAUCUGACGGAGGAAAGGGACAUAAGACUAAGCCACCUGGAGGUCCACCAUUUACCAAUAAAUUUUUUCUCGAAGGCGAAGGUCCAUCUGACGGAGGAAAGGGACAUAAGACUAAGCCACCUGGAGGCCCACCAUUAACCAAUAAAUUUUUUCUCGAAGACGAAGGUCCAUCUGACGGAGGAAAGGGACAUAAGGCUAAGCCACCUGGAGGUCCACCAUCAGAUUUGUAUUUUGAUGAGAACUUUGAAGUGUUUUGGAACUUAAAAGAUUCUAAAAGUUUCCAGAAACAAACUCAUCAUGAAUUUUCAACCGAAGGAUCAGGUCCAUCCGACGGAGGAGAGGGACAUGAACUUCCACCUGGCUAUGGAGGUCCACCACAUAGCUAGCCAUGGAGGAGGUCCACCACCUUCAAAUCAUAUCAAAGUAUAAUUAGUUGAUGCAUAUAGUUAUGUUGUUGAUAAUAAUAAAAUAAAAGUUUUAUCUUUA